AGGGAGAAGAGCGAGCGUCGGGAGCAGGAGGCUGGGGGUGGGGGUUGCCCUCGGUGAAGCCCAGUCCAGGAGCGCAGGAGGCUGGAGGUGGGGGACGUCCUGGGUGAAGCCGCGUCCGGGAGCGCAGGAGGCUAGUGUGGGAUGGGGGGUGCGCCCUGAGUAAAGCCCCGUCCGGGAGCAGGAAGCUGGGGAGGGGGCUCUCUGGGUGAAGCCUCCCGCAACACCCACCUCACCCCGCUCAGGCUGAGCCCUCUGGCGUCAUGGAGAGGCUCGUCCUAACCCUGUGCACCCUCCCGCUGGCUGCGGCGUCUGCUGGCUGCGCCACGACGCCAGCUCGGAACCUGAGCUGCUACCAGUGCUUCAAGGUCAGCAGCUGGACGGAGUGCCCGCCCACCUGGUGCAGCCCGCUGGACCAAGUCUGCAUCUCCAACGAGGUGGUCGUCUCUUUUAAAUGGAGUGUACGCGUCCUGCUCAGCAAACGCUGUGCUCCCAGAUGUCCCAACGACAACAUGAAGUUCGAAUGGUCGCCGGCCCCCAUGGUGCAAGGCGUGAUCACCAGGCGCUGCUGUUCCCGGGCUCUCUGCAACAGGGCGCUGACCCCACAGAAGGGGCGCUGGGCCCUGCGAGGGGGGCUCCUGCUCCAGGUGGGCCUCGGCCUCCUCAGGGUCCUGUUGUGAGGGCCCUCCCUUUACGCCCCCUCCUGGCCCUGCUGGCCCAUCCCGUCUCCUGCCUC